AUGAUUCAUUCAAUGCCAUCCAAUAUUGCUUCUCAGGUAACCCGUCUCCCACUCACCAAGUUCUCUCAUACAACCACCACCAUCAACCAUAGCGUUCCUUUAUCGUGGACUCAUGUUAAUGGAGAAGGUGAUCUCGUCUGUAUCCUGGAACAGAUUCCUGGGGAGCACUCUGUUCCGCCAAGACUCAUCCUGAGAGUGGCUCGGAAUGAUGGCAUAUUGAUUCGGCGAUUUCAGAUCAAAUUCUCACGAAACACCGAUUACUUCGCUGCCCUUGCUCUUCUAAGCGGCAUCAACUGCCCGUUGGUAGAAGGAAGUACAUCAAUGCUGCAACCACGGAGGCCGCCUUCAUCCGCAUCAUGGUCAUCAUUCCAAGCGCCAACCUCUGCGUCGAAGGAGGCAAGUACUACGGUGACCUCAGACAUUGAUACCACAAUUCCGUUUUUCCCUAUGCCAGGAUGUUUACCCAGUGAAAAGACAACGCCUAACCCCCCAUCCUCGUCAUCGAGCGCCAUCUAUAAUUUAGUUGGACAAACCGCGCCUAUUAUCCAAAAUCCAUUCGAGUCCACGACAACCCUUCGACCAAACCAGCAGGCUCCCUCGUUAUACUCCAAGCAAAAAGGCUGUGAGUUUCCCAAGAACCGCCCUACAACUGCGCCGGCCUAUCAUGGUGACCAACUCGAACAAAUGCUACCUCCAAAAAGGGACCUUCCUUUCCUUAAGCCAAGUCAGAAAAGGUCUCUAGGGGGAGAAACUGCAACGUCAUUGCCCUCACAGUCUGCAUCAACAAACCAGCCGCUAAUUGAAACCUUCAAUGGCGAGCAACUGCUCCCAUUGGCGGCUCAUGAAACUAUUUCGAUGCCUCGUGAUUCUCAAACCUCCGACUCGCGGUCUCAGUCUCAGUCCCAGUCCCGGUCUCUAGUCCCAACACAGCCCCUCCUCGACAUUGUUCAGAUGGAGCCUCUCCCUUCACAGCCUCAAGCUUCUCAACCGGACUCAUAUUUCAACCUGGAUCCUGUCAGUAAGCAAGCAAGAAUUGGACCCGAGCAUGAGAGUGUUGCAUCUGCGGAAUGUGGCCUUGGGGGUGUGGGCAAUAGCAACAGCAUUGCGCAGCGUAAAUUGACACAGUCGACGACUAUCUCGGAGGAUCAGUUGUCUGCUUACCUUGGCUCACCGACACCUGAGAGGACUGCUUUCCUAGAAAAUUGGAUGUGCGAGCUAAUUGAAGACGAUGGGUUCAUGGCUCUAUGUCAGGAUGUUGAGGUGACAUGGCGGCGGUUUGCAUUUGGAAUUAGGAAGUAG